UUUACACAUUUGGUCUCGACUGUCGAGAAAAUAGAGCGAGAUAUGGGGAGAGGAGAGGGAUCAUUGAAAGCUGAUGAUAUAGAUCAAUUAGAAGAAGCAACCGCCGCAGUGCAAGCGUGGAAGUAUGCAUUAAGGUUCACGGAGAUGGCCGCAUUGAAGUGCGUGAUCGAGCUCGGUGUGGCCGAUGAGAUUGAAAGCCAAGGCGGCGCAGCCACACUCUCCCAUCUCUCCACUGCCCUCAGCUGCUCCCUGCCUUCGCUUCACCGCAUCAUGAGGUUUCUUGUUCACCACAGGGUGUUCAAGGCAAGGCGAGCAGCCACCCAAGAGGCCACAACUUACUUGCAGACGGCUCUCUCCCGCCGCCUCCUGAGGGGAGGGGAAAAGAGCAUGGCUGCCUUGAUAUUGUUCGAGGCCACCCCGACGAUGCUGGCUCCUUGGCAUGGACUGAGCGCGCAGGUCUUAUCAAAAGGCACAGCUCCGCAACCCUUCGAGGCAGCUCAUGGGCAGGAUUUGUGGGCCUAUACGGCCCAGAAUCCAGAGCACAGUAGGCUCCUGGACGAGGCCAUGGCUUGCACUGCCAGACUAACGGCAGCAGCAAUCAUUGGCGGCUGCCAGGAUGUGUUUGAAGGUGUUCGAGCGGUGGUGGACGUUGGGGGAGGCAACGGAACCUUCUUGGGGAUGGUGGUGAAGGCCUUACCACAGAUUCAAGGGAUCAACUUCGACCUGCCUCAUGUCCUCUCUAGCGCCCCGCAUUGGGAUGGGGUGGAGCAUGUCGGAGGAAACAUGUUUGAGAGCAUUCCGAAGGCCGAUGCUACUUUCCUAAUGCAAGUGCUCCAUGAUUGGUCGGACAGCGAGUGCAUCCACAUACUGAAGAAAUGCAGAGAAGCCAUUGCCGAAGACGGCAAUGGCGGCAACGACCAUGGCUCAGAUGUGAAGCUGAAGAAGAGUAAGAAGGUGGUAAUUCUGGAAGCUGUGCUUGAUGAUGAUUACAAUGGUGAGAGGCAGUUUGAAGAAGAAGAAGACAGUGAGUUGCAGAGCUGGAGUGGUAUAAGGCUGAGCUUGGACAUGGUGAUGAUGGCCCACACCAACGGAGGGAAAGAGCGGACCCGCUCAGAAUGGGCCCACCUCCUCGCUGAGGCAGGGUUCUCUAGUUUCUCCUUCAAGCCCACCUCCGUUAUCCCAUCGGUCAUUGAAGCCUUUCCAUGAGCUUGCUUGCUAGGGAAUGUCUGCUCAUGCUAUUCCCUUGGUUGGAACUUAAUAAUAUACCAUCUAGUCAUUGUACGUACUAUCAAAAAAAAAAAGUCAGUUGUGCAUCAUCGAGAUAUCGAUGAUAUACCUUUACUUCGCAUGUGUGUGAGGAUAUCAUUUAUAUACGUUUAGCAUAUGUUGCAAUAUCACGUUUCCUUCUACUAUGGUGAGAUUUAUCUAUUUAUGUGAAAAGUUAAAUAA